UGCACGUGCUAUAGCCCGCUCAUUAUCUUGUCUUGAUCUGGAUUCAAUUUUUCAUUUUUUUUUUGUUCCACGUGGAUCACUUAAACGCACGCAUUAUGAGACCUCUGCUGCCCCUGUUUGUGAGCACCAUAGGCUUGAUCCUUUCCAUUGCUGCUGUUCCUGGGACUUGCCAAAACACAACAAAUGCAACUAGAAGUACACCCUUUAUGAUGUCCACCAUUCCUGCUCGAAUCAGCCAAAACACAAGUGAAGAGGCACCUAAAACCACCUUCUCUGAAACUGUACACAUAGCGACGAAAGACACAAAAACGUCAGCGAGUGCUCAAACUCAAGCUACCAAGACAACUAAAACCUUCACGACCACAAACCGGCGUCAGACCAAAUCACAAAACUUAAAACCGUCAGGCUCCUCAGGCUCAGUGGUGGCAGUGUUGUUCUUCAUCCUGCUGCUCCUCAUCCUCUUGGUCAUCUUGUACAGAUGGUACAAGAAUAAUCCCGAGCGUCGCUCCUGCCGUGGGCUGCGGGACAGCGUAGUGGAGACGGCGCAGUGCGCUUGGGCCGCAGCGAUGGCAUGUCUUCAGCAUCCUCAGAAACAACCUGGGCAAGCAGAGGACGAAGACGAAGAGGAAGACGAAGAGGACAACGAGGAGGCGGUGGUGGUGGAGAUGGAGAUACAGGAGAGUGAUGGAGGGCAGAAGACGGAAAGAAAUGGCAAAGAAGAAGAAGACGGGGCGAGAAAAAACGAGGACGAUGCAAGUUCUGAUUCGGAAACCUCCUCCGAAGACUACUCGUUCGUAGAGGGUGGCAACGUGGCAGAUGACGAGAAUCAAAAUGAUGAAGAUGAGGCGUCCGGGAGGAGCAACAAGGAGGAGACAGAGGAAAUGACGUCGGUCAAGUUAGACGACGAGGAGGAAGCGGAGAAAGCAGAGCCGGAGGAAUCGGAUGAUCUUACGCCACUGUAAAAUGUGCUGAAGAUAGGUGAUGGAAGUGGAUGAAUAUAAGGGAUGCUAUCCAAUGAAAAACAUGUAUAUUUAUUUGAUCUUUUGUCCGUUAUUUGGGUUUACCAUCGUUUUAACAUCGUAGCUGCUCUGUUUACUGUGCAAAGAAUUGUGGAUGAAUACAAUAAAAGACCAAAAAAAUACUCUUUGGGGGUUUUCACCAAUAGUUCACUUCUAUAAUCCUAAUUAGUCAACAGGUUUGUUACCUUGAAUUGUUUCUUAGGUUAAACUACACCUGUAUAGUCUUUUGGCUCAAACAUGAGGAGUAUAUAUAUGAUCGUUGGUGUGGUUGGAUGGUGACUAAAACAAGGCACAUAAAAAUAAAA